AUGGGAGUGAGGGACAAUCGGAAGGCCCUGGCUGCAGCCGCCGCAUCCUCGAACCACCCUCAGACGGACGGGGCGGACAAGGCCCACCAUCACCACCACCACCACUUGAUCAGCUGCCACCCCCACGCGUCGUCGGCCACGGGCGGGGGGGACAAAGGCGGCGGCGGUGAGGGGCACGAUCCCUCGCCCACCAAGGACAUCGCCUCCAUUGAGAGUGGCGAUCCGGGCUCCCAGUCCGAGGGCGCCUCGGACAUGGUCGACCGCAACAACGAUCCAGCUCUCAUGCGGACCGGACGCCUGUUCGGAGGUUUGCUCCUAGACCUGAAGCGUCGGGCGCCCUUCUACCUGUCGGACUUCACCGAUGCUCUCCACAUUCAGUGCUUCGCCAGCUUCUUCUUCCUCUACUUCGCCUGUCUUACGCCCAUCAUCACCUUCGGAGGUCUGCUGUCCAACGUCACUGGCGGCUACUUGGGCACCAUGGAGUCGAUCGUGUCCGGCGCGGUUGUGGGGAUCAUGUACGCCCUGUUCGCCGGCCAGCCGCUCACCAUCAUGGGCAGCACUGGACCGGUGCUUGUCUUCGAGAGCAUUAUCUACCGACUUUGCGAAACCAAUCGAUGGGCCUACCUGUCGUUCCGCUUUUGGAUCGGAAUGUGGGUCUCACUGAUGCUCUUCAUAGUGGUCGCCUUCGACCUCUCCGCGCUGGUGCGCUUCAUCACCCGCUUCACGGAGGAGUCGUUCGCCCUCCUGAUUGCCCUCAUCUUCAUCUUCGAGGCCAUUAAAAAGACGUACUCCAUCUCUCAGAGCUACCCCGUCAACUUCUCCUGGAGACCGUUCUUUGCGCCGCCUCUGGACUGUCAAUGCAUCAAACCCAACAACUACACCAACGAGGAGCUCCUUUCCUACGCCAGAGCCGAAUAUCCCAUCUUGGACUUGCCUUUUGUGGGUACCAACGACACUGACGCGCACCACCAUCUCAACGAGAACGGAACAAUCGACUGGGCUCGUCUGAACCAGAACUACUACAGUUGGAGCUCGAUGGAGGCGCAGAAGCAAUGCGAGAUCCUCCACGGCGUGUGGAACAACGAGGCCUGCAAGGGCUUCUUCGCGCCCGACAUCUUCUUCUUCUGUGUCGUCCUAACCAUCAUCUGCUUCAUCCUCUCCUACCUCAUGCGCAGCCUCCGUAACUCUUGCUUCUUCCCUGCUCGAGUUCGAUCACUGAUCGCGGACUUCGCGGUGCUGAUUGCAAUCGUGAUUUGCAGCCUCAUUGACUACUUCAGCGGUCUGCACACCCCGAAGCUCCUCGUGCCCGUCACCUUCGAGCCAACCCUGGGCUACAACAAACGCGGCUGGAUUAUUCCACCCUUCAACGGCAAUCCCUGGUGGUCCGCCCUGGCUGCUGCUGGUCCCGCAAUGCUCGCUGUCAUUCUCAUCUUCAUGGACCAGCAAAUAACCGCGGUCAUCGUGAAUCGACGCGAAAACAAGCUCAAGAAAGGCGCCGGCUACCACCUGGAUCUGCUGGUUGUCACGGUGACAAUCGCCGUCAACUCGGUCCUCGGGAUCCCGUGGUUCGUGGCGGCGACCGUGCUCUCCAUCAACCACGUGAUCUCCCUCAAGAAGGAGUCCGAGUCUGCGGCGCCAGGCGAGCGCCCGAUCUACCUUGGCUGCCGGGAGCAACGCGUCACCGGCUUCUUCAUCUUCCUCUUCAUCGGCCUGUCUGUCUUCAUGUCGCAAAUCCUGCGCUGUAUCCCGAUGGCGGUCCUGUACGGCGUCUUCUUGUUGAUGGGUAUCACCUCUCUCAAUGGCCUGCAGCUGAUGGAACGCGUGGGACUCUUCUUUAUGCCUGCCAAAUACCAACCAGAUUAUCCCUAUCUUCGUCAUGUCCGUUUGGGGCGUGUUCACUUGUUCACCUUCAUUCAAGCCCUGUGCCUAAUUCUGCUUUACGUCAUCAAAUCGGUGCCGCAAAUCUCCAUGCUCUUCCCCCUAAUGGUCCUCGCGAUGUGCUUCGUGCGUAAGGCCCUCGACUUCGUCUUCACCCAGGAGGAGUUGUACUGGCUGGACGACAUCCUCCCGGACAGUUCGUGCUCGCGCAGUCGCAAGACCGCCGCCACUCGACGCUACGCCUCGGCCAACGACUUCAGCAGCAAGGAGUCGUUGCCGCUAUCGCAGCCUUUGCUGCCCAAUCUUGACAGCAAGGCGCGUCGUAUUCGUGUGCACUUGGAUGUCUUGGUGUGCCGUUUUAGACGUCGUCAGCACAAGAAAAAGGGCAAAAGAGGACGCCAUCGCAGUCGCCACCCCGAGGACGACCAGAACACGGGCAGUGAUAGCGGAAAGGGACGCGAAGGUGCGCGUCGCGGCAGUCGUUUCCGUUCUCUGCGCCUCUUCAGCAGUGACUUCGACGGCGCCAUCGGACGCGACAUCGCGGUGCUCUUCCACAACAACGAGUCGAGCGACGCGCCGGUUGCGGCGACAUCAACGACGACUACCGCACCGCCGACGGAGACUCCGGUUACCACGACGACGACGACGACGACAAAUGUUCAAAACCAGCUGCCAGUGCCUGAGAUUAAGAUUAACCCUCCGUCACAUCAAGGCUCUCCGACAAAUGCCUUUUGGGAUGCUCCUGAAAUAUGGGAUGUUGCAUACACUUCACGCAUGACAUGCAGGGAAAAAAUCACUCUCCUCCAAGGCUUUUCACCUAAUCAAAAAUUUUUACUAUCUGCGGAGGAAAAUGGAUGGUGUCAACACGUUGACUUUCGCAACUUUGAUCAUCCAUUUGAAGUACCUGACUUUAGAGAAUCAGAAAGUGGAAUGGUGUCUCGCUUGGUAGAAGUUGAUACUCGAUACCGAAAUCAUUCGCGCCAUGAUCACCCCCGCCAGUUGUACGCUUUUUCUCUAGAGAGCUACCAGUCAUCUAUUCUACAGUCUGCCUAUGCAAGGUACCAAAUAAUGCCAGAUGCUUCUCCCAACUGGGUGUAUUGUAAGUCGCCGGAAAUUUCAUUCACUCCUGGAAAAAUCUCAUGGUGGUUCUUCGCAUUGGACAGUUGCAAGGAGUCCUUUCAGGAUAAUAAAGGCGGUAGACUGGGAGAGGAUCCCAUUGUCUAUUAUAGAUUGGAAAUGCAAAAUGGAAAGGGUGGAGGAAAUUUAUUUACCAGACAUUUUUCUGUUGAUGAAUUUGGUAAUUGCAAUUAUCAUUUUUAUUCCGUUUUACUUAAUUUAAUCAUAUUUACGGAAAAAAAUACGAAAAUACUGCGCAUUCAUUUCGCGUUGUUUGGUGGCGUUCUUCUCUUCGCAUUCCUAAAGUGGCUUUCUGCACUGAUGUGCCUUGGACACCUUUCGAACACCGGUCAUAAGCCGGCAUGGCUGGAAAUCAUUAUUACUCAGAUGCGGGUGCUAGACGCAAAAACGGACUUUUUAUUGGACCUUUCAGGCGACUUAAUGGGGGGCUCUUCGCAUUCCGCCCUCGUGGCUCUGCUCCUGCUGCUCGCCUCCGGCCACGCCAUCGUCCACAAGGCGCCUGGAAAGCGACUUAAGAUGGCCCUCGUUGCUACGGUCGCUGUCUACACCCUUGUCCAGUUGAUUUGUGGAAUCACAGCAACGCUUGCCUUUGACACGGGUCGCGCCAAGUACAUCUACCAAUCGCCUACCGGCUAUACUCUGGUGGCACUGAACGUAACCGCGUGGCUCGUCUUUCUAUUGGUCGCCAUGUACACAAACACUCAUUGGCCUUCGAAACGAAUGUUCUACUUGCAACUGAUUGCUUUUUACACAGUUUGGUUUUGGACUCUGCCGAUAAUUCUCAUAAUCAACGGGGACUACAUUCCGCUAUGGCGUCGUCUUGCUCUCCAUCGGUCGAUCGCAAGCACAACGGACCUCCUUGCCCAUCUAUAUUUGCUCUACACGUUCUGGCCGAGCAAAUUGCCCAAGCACUUCGCGCAGUCUGGUAUCGGAGACGGUGAAGAUGGCGACGUAGCGAGUCUAGCCCAGGUGUCCCGAACCUCCGUGACCCCAAUUACCAUCCCUUCGCUGGUGCCGGAACCAACAGCCUCAAGAACGCCAAGGAAAAAGCCACCGAAAUCGACUGGCGGCAGUGGCUCAAAGAUGGAACUGGGAAAGCCGGGUGAGACGUCUCAGCCACCGCUCACUCCACGAACCCCCGGUGAGAGCCCAAGGCCGCCGCCACCUCCACCACCAAAGGCUUCGUCGCCAGAACCACAGCCCACGGAGUCGGAGAAGCCGACUAAGGACGUAAAAUCGACCUUCCUGAAGAAACUGAUGCUGUAG